AUGAAUUUUUUCUAAUAAGAUAUCGUUUAACCUAGUUAAUAAUUAGUGAAUAAGUAUUAUAAGGAACAAAUAGAGGCUUGCUGCUAAAACUUAUAAGAAAACAUUGAAUUUUCAUUCAAAAGAAUUGAUGAUUUGAUUGAUUAGAUAGUAGUCGAUAAUGAGUAUUUAUUGAAUUAAAAGUUGUAAGAGUGUUAAAAGUAGAGAGUUGUUUAAUAGAAUGAAUCUUCACAUAGACUAUCAUCAUUGAAUAUUGAUAAUUCAUAAUUUAGUAAUUAAAUGAUUGUUUAAAUAAGAUCAUUAAUAAAAAUGUCGAUUGAUAAUUAAAUGAAGAUUUAAAGUAUUGAAUAUUAAUAAUAAUUAAAUGAAAACUAGGAAAUAUAGAAGAUUCAAAAGAAAUAAUUAAAUGAGACAAUCAAAGAUUAAUAAUUAUAAUCUAAUUAAUAAUAAAUUCAAUAAUUAACAUUAAAUUAAUUCUAAUACUAAUUACUUCCAAAUUCAAUCAAAUAACAACAAUUUUGUUGUGCAAUAGCUACUAAUAAAGAUUGUUCAAUUGUAGUAGCUGGAUGUGAUAAUACAAUUAAAGUAUUUGAAUUCAAAUCAGAAGUAUUGAUACAAACUCAACUUCUAAGUGAACAUACAAAAGGUGUGUUAACAUUAAAUUUCAUGAAGAAAUCUAAUUAAUUUAUAUCUGGAAGUGAUGAUAAAUUAAUUAUAAUAUGGAUUAUGAACCCAAGUAAUUAAUGGGUUUGCUAAUACAAAUUAAUUGGACAUAAUAGUAAUAUUUAUUGUUUAGUGUUGAAUAAUAAUGAGGAUUUGAUCAUUUCAGGUAGUUAUGAUAAAACUAUUAAAUUUUGGAUUACAAAGAAUGAAUGGUUAUGUUAAUAGACUAUUACAGAUCAUAAUGGUUGUGUCUAUGGAUUAAGUUUGAAUUAAGAAUAGAAUAAAUUGCUUUCAUGUGGAGAUGAUAAAUAAAUAUUAAUAAUAGAACAAUCAUAAUAGGAUUCUUAAUGGAUU